AUUGUGAGUUGAAGCCUGAGGGAUGUGCUUGAAAUUCCAUGCUGUGCCAGUCACGUCGCCCAGCGUCCCUCGCGGAAUAUUUCAUUAGAGGCAGCCGGGAACCGUAUACAGGACACAACCAAGAUGGCCUCCCCGGCCGACAGCUGCAUCCAGUUCACCCGGCACGCCAGCGACGUUCUGCUCAACCUCAACCGCCUUCGGAGCCGGGAUAUCCUUACCGACGUGGUCAUUAUCGUGAGCCGGGAGCAAUUCCGGGCGCACAAAACGGUGCUGAUGGCCUGCAGCGGCCUUUUCUAUAGCAUCUUCACCGACCAGCUAAAGUGCAACUUGUCGGUCCUGAAUUUAGAUCCGGAGAUCAGUCCGGAAGGAUUUGGGAUCCUGCUGGAUUUUAUGUACACGUCUCGCCUCAAUUUGCGGGAGACCAACAUCCUGGCGGUGAUGGCCACCGCUCUCUACCUGCAGAUGGAGCACGUGGUGGACACCUGCCGGAGGCUCCUGAACUCCAGUGAAACGGAAAUGGUCUCGGCUGCCAAAAGCUCCCGGGAAGAUUUCUUAGCUAACCAGAUGCUCAGCCAACCCAACAUGAUGGCUUACAGGAGCCGGGAUAUCUCAGAAAGCAACUUACCGCUUCGGAACGGUUCCGUUUGUGACGGGCGAGCCUUCAUGCCCAGUUUGUACAGCAGCAUGUCCGGAUCCCCCAUCUCCUACACUAGCUACAACCCUGUGCCCAUCGGCGGAUACCUGUAUUCGGACGAAGAACUACGAGAUGCACGGAUGCCCAUCUCGGAGGCUUCGAGAGGGCACCCCUUUCCGAGAGAGCGCGUGGCGCCCUGCAACAUGCAACGGACCAACGCCGCUGAGUUUACCAGGGUGGUGGCUAAUAUCUCCCCCAGCCUCUGCCACCCCGCCGUCUACUCUCCGAAGGAAGAAGCGGCCGAGGAGAACAAAACUGAAGUCCGUUACGGUGCCGCGACAGGUCCUGAUCCUGCACCCUCCCUGGCUGUCAACAACGCCUACUUUGCGUGCGGCAAAACGAGCAAGGUGGAGGAGAGGUCCGCUCCCGAAGCCAAGAGGACCCAGUGCUUCGAGCCCACCAACGCACCCAUGAACCGGAAGGUGGUGACCAGCCCUCAGAGCCCGCAGAAGUCGGACUGCCAACCCAACUCGCCAACCGAGUCCAGCAGCAGUAAGAACGCCUGUAUCAGUCCGAGCGCGACGUCGGCUAAGAGUCCCACGGACCCCAAGGCGUGCAACUGGAAAAAGUACAAGUUUAUCGUGCUCAACUCGCUCAACCAGAAUGCCAAGGAGGACGGCCCCGAACACACCGAGGCUGGGACCCUCUCCCCACGGCCGUACGGGCCCUCCUUGGCAUGUCAGCAAUCGCUGGAACCCGAGAACAUGGAUGUGCAGUCCCCAACCAAGCUCAACAUCAACGGGGAAGACUCAACCAUCCCGCAAGCGAGCCGCCUAAACAAUAUUCUUAACAGGUCACUUGAUGGUUCUCCUCAGAGCAGUGAGGACCAGUCCCCGUUGUAUCUGCAUUCGUCCAAGUGCAGCUCCUGCGGUUCUCGGUCACCGCAGCAUUCGGACAUGUGCCUUCAUACCCCCGGAUCCAACUUUGGAGAAGAAAUGGGGGAAACCCAAUCGGAAUAUUCAGAUUCCAGUUGUGAAACCCGGUCUUUUUUCUGCAAAGAAUGCCAGUGCCCAUUCUCGGAAGAGGCCGCGUUCAAGAAACAUUCCCUGCAAACGCACAGUGACAAACCCUACAAGUGUGACCGUUGUCAGGCCUCGUUUCGCUACAAGGGGAACCUAGCCAGUCACAAAACCGUCCACACAGGCGAGAAGCCCUACCGUUGCGGCAUCUGCGGGGCUCAGUUCAACCGGCCGGCUAACCUCAAGACUCAUACGCGGAUCCACUCCGGGGAGAAGCCGUAUAAAUGUGAAACGUGCGGAGCUCGCUUCGUACAGGUGGCCCACCUCCGGGCGCACGUGCUCAUCCACACGGGGGAGAAACCAUAUCCGUGCGAAAUCUGCGGCACCCGUUUCCGACAUCUCCAGACGCUCAAGAGUCACUUGCGGAUCCACACUGGAGAGAAGCCCUACCAUUGUGAAAAGUGCAACCUGCACUUCCGACACAAGAGCCAACUCCGCUUGCACCUCCGGCAGAAACACGGCGCCAUCACGAACACCAAGGUGCAGUACCGCCUCUCUCCUGUCGACGCGCCACCGGAACUCUCCAAGGCGUGCUGAGGACUAGCGGCAUAAAAACGGCGGAUGAAGCCAAAAGAGGCUCCUUCCGGGGAAAGAGCGGGCAGGGUUGUCCAAAGGAUGCUUCGAUCACUUUAGGAAAAAACAAAAACGAAACAAACAAACAAAAAAAACCACACCCCACGUGUCGUCGUUCUUGCUGUUUGUGUUGUUGUCGUCAUCGUCGUUACACAUCGGAGUGCCUCUAGAAGCCCGGAGCGAAAGGACAGACGGCGUGCAAAAUUACGUUCCGUUUACGCCGGUCGGUUUUGUUCCCCCGGUUUGUGUAAACUUCACAGUUGGACUACUCGUAUGUGCACUUUGUGU